CGUCGCCGCCCCGCCGCAGGGGAUCGCCGACCUCUCGCCGCCGCGUCCAGCCUCACCCUCCGCAACGCAAAGCCCAUAGACAAGUUGAUCUCAUGUAUUCAGGAAGAACAGUGGCAUCCAGAGUUUCCUGUUCAUCGGGAAACAACGGAAGCUUCCCACUCUGCCUUUGCCCCGGAUUUCUUGGAUUCCCUGUUGUCUCCGUGAACUUCCACUUGUUCAAGGCCAUUGUUCGCAGUCCUGCAUCUUCUGUUGUCUUUGGUAUUUGUGGACGGAGGCUCCCUUAGACGGAUCUGCUCCAUAAAGUGAUUGUUGUAGUUUGAGAAUUGAUAGCAGGAAGCCACUCAGUUACCCUUAGCUGGAAUAGUGGCAUCAGGACUCAGAUAGCUGAAUCUUGUGUCAUUAAAGAUGGUUUCCUCUGAGGUCCCUUCUGUUACAACAACCCAUACACAGGGGCGCAAGGUCUUCAGAGGGAUGAUACUUCUGCCAAAAGGGCCUCCAGAUGUCAUCCUUCCUGAAAAUGUUGAGUUUGAUUUUAAUGACGUCUUUGGUGCUCCGGCGGUCCAUACCCCCACAGAAGCAAGCAUUCUCACUCCGGACAGCCCUGCACAUUUCGCUGAGUCUGGUGAGGAGGUCUACAAUGACCCUGUAGUCAUUACCAAGCGAUCUCACUCUCUUGUUGGUCCAACUUUACUUGUUAGCCAGUCCUUGCCACUUAGUAAGCUUACUCUACAUGAGUCGGAGAGCUCAUCAGAUCUUUUGGAGUGUCUGUCUAAAGAUAAACAAAGUGACCAGGAGGCUCUCAGUGAUGAAGAGCUCGGUAAUACAAAGGAGAAUGAGGCUGUUGGACUAGACGACUUUGAAGUCUUGAAGCUUGUUGGCCAAGGGGCAUUUGGCAAAGUCUAUCAGGUAAAGAAGAAAGGUACUUCAGACAUAUAUGCAAUGAAAGUCAUGAGGAAGGACAAGAUUUUGGAGAAGAACCAUGCUGAGUACAUGAAAGCAGAGAGAGAUAUACUGACAAAAGUUGACCAUCCUUUUGUUGUCCAACUGAGGUACUCCUUUCAGACAAAGUACCGACUCUACCUUGUCUUGGACUUUGUGAAUGGGGGCCAUCUCUUCUUCCAGCUUUACCAACAGGGUUUGUUUAAGGAGGAGCUUGCGCGCACAUAUACUGCUGAAAUUGUAUCUGCUGUAGCCCACCUUCAUGCCAAUGGGAUUAUGCAUAGAGAUCUGAAGCCUGAGAACAUCUUAUUGGAUGCUUGUGGCCAUGCAAUGCUGACUGAUUUUGGCCUGGCCAAAGAGUUUGAUGAGAACACUAGAUCAAAUUCAAUGUGUGGCACCGUUGAGUAUAUGGCCCCAGAAAUUGUUCAGGGCCGAGGCCACGAUAAGGCUGCAGACUGGUGGAGUGUGGGGAUCCUUCUUUUCGAAAUGCUUACGGGCAAGCCCCCAUUUUUUGGUGGAAAGAGGGACAAAAUUCAGCAGAAGAUAGUGAAGGAUAAGAUGAAGCUUCCACACUAUUUGAGUAGUGAAGUUCAUUCUCUGCUAAAAGGGCUGCUGCACAAAGAAGCUGGCAAGCGACUGGGAAGUGGACCAGGCGGCAGUGACGAGAUAAAGAACCACAAGUGGUUCAAAGAAGUAAACUGGAAGAGACUGGAGGCUCGACAGAUCCAGCCAAGCUUCUGCCCUAAUGUUGCUGGCCAGAACUGCACCGAAAACUUUGACAAGUGCUGGACGAGUAUGCCCGUGCUGGACUCUCCAGUAGCCAGCCCCGUCUCUGCAGAUAGCAACUUCGUGGGAUUCAGCUUUGUGCGUCCAGCGCCGUUUUUUCAGAAGCCAAGUCCUCUAGGCUGAAGGUCUACUUUACAGUGUACUACUAGUGAUUUAUCUGUGGGAACCAAUGUCCUAUAUUUGCUCAAGACUAAGAUGAUUAUGUUGUAUGUGCUGUGUUAUUUGUCUAUCCGUCCAGCGGGCAGAUGGGACUUGGUAGUGACAAUGUAUCCCCUUGUUCGUCUAUAGAGCUGCAUCUUAACUUC